CUCAAACGUCGUCCUUCGUCCCUAUGUCUGAGCUCUGAGGCAACCAGAGUCGAGAGGCUAAAAGUUUACCUUUCACGUCUGGCUAUCCCAAUGAAAACUCGGGAUCACCAGGGGCAACUGCAACAACCCAAAAGGUGCUCUCGUGAUCUGGAGCUACAGUUCGAUAUCCAAACAUCUGUGCGAGGAACAGACGGUUAGUGGGAAGAUUAAUGAAAAUAGAUGGCACAAAUUUGUUUUGUGACCUUCGGAAACGUCAGAAACUUUUGUGACAGCCGAAAACUACCCUUAAACUAAUUGAAGGAGUAAUCAAGUAGGAUAUUCACAAAUUCACGGGAGCUGUGAGACAUGGGCACGGUUGACCGCAAGUUCUGAUUCCACAUUUCAAAGAUGCUUCCCCGAUGGGAUUUGUUUCUUCUUCAUUGGACCCAGUGUCUACCACUCAUUUGAGGAUUAGAAUUUGUCCCACUCCAUCAGCAGCAGCCCCAUCUCCGGCGAUGGAUUUUAUUUCAGGAUUGGGCUAGAGUUCGAUGCACAUGACUUGUCAAUUUUUGGCAUCCGAGUUUUAUGUUCUGUCCUAGAUUUCACGCUCUUCUCAAACUUCAUUCACUUGGCCAUAUCAUAUUACAUGGGUAUAGUUAUCGCUGAAUCCAACGCCAAACAUGAUGGCAUUUCCAAACUCGCACCCUCUCGGCCUCUCCCCUGCCCCGCUACCCCGCUAAAAGAAAAAGAAAAAAAAAAGAGGAGGCCGGGUCACCACCACCCACCCAUGACCCAACCCAAGGAAGAGAUAAGCAGCGGAAAAUUACAAAAAAGAACCCAAGCCCCACAAGCGACAUAAUUGACUCCCUCUGCUUCCACUCCGUACGCUAGAGGAAAUAAAAGAAUGUAACUGUCCCCAAAUUAAAGCAAGGCAAUCACGGAGAUGAGAGAUUGUGCUCCAAAGUGGUAAGACUUGAAAGUGUUACAGCUUGGGGUUCUUCUACCAUAAAAGAGUUAUAGCUUGGGGUCAUUGUAGAAAGUGAAGAUUCUCAUCGUUUCAGACUAGCGGACCUUUCGGCGCAAGCAGAAAAAAAAAAUGAUGUGGACUGCUGUUGUUUGGUUGGUACUUGGUAGGGCAAGGGCGUGGGAUUUGGUUAUAUGAAGUGCUUUUGCCCUUUCUAGUUGCGACACGACUCGAGAGAGAGAGAGAGAGAGAGAGAGAGAGAGAGAGAGAAGAAUCAUUAACGGCACUACCCCAUGCCACAAAACAUCAUUGCAGACACCACGGGCAUUAAGGCUAAUCUUCAUUGAUUCAUGGUGAAGUUCAGACUCCAGAGUCGAGAAGGUGAAAAGAAAAUAGUCAAAUAACAUUAACAACUUUUCGCUCCUUUACCCGAGAACACCACGAGCGGGAUCGAUAAACCAAGAGAUGGAAAUGCGAAAGCAGAGUGGCAGUGGGGGCCAGGGUCAGUGUAUGUUAUAAAAGUAGCCGUUUCCUCGCUGCCAAGGGUCACUGCGUCCCUGAUGAUCGCCUGAUUUUAGACGAGAAAAUCGAAUAGACAAGACUACCUGAUCAAAUUCUUCCCUUCUCCUUCCCACGGGCAGUCCAGACUCCAGAGUCCAGAUUCCAGCAACAACAACCUAGCCAAAAUCCGAUAAAAAGGGAUGGGGAACUUGACCAACGCUGUGAUAGCAUUCCUGGUCCCUCUUCCCUCCAUAGUUUUCUACCUGUCUUUUCUCCGCCAAUUUUCUGCCCCUGGCCUUGUUCGUGGCAGUACUGAUUCGGAAUCUGUCCAUCCUCCUCCCCUAUGGGCCUGGACCUGGUGUGCUCACCACCCAUUCCUAUUGGCAAACUUGCUCUUCUUCCUCAACGUCAAUGUUCUGUUCUGGCUUAUUGGCCUCAUGCAAUCAAGCAAUUGGAUGAUAGAUCUAUAUUGGACUGUGAUACCAGUCAUGCAAGUCCACUACUACGCAACACAUCCUCUUGCGCGGUACAACCAGUGGAGAUCAGCGGUGAUUACUGUGCUGACCUGGGUAUGGAGCAUCAGGCUCAGCCACAACUACUUUAGGAGGGAGAGAUGGCAGUGGGGUGCAAGAGAGGACUGGAGGUUCACCGAUUUGCGGCGACAGUACGGGAAACACUGGUGGUGGGUUUCUUUCUUUGCCGUCUAUUUAUCUCAACAGGUGUUUCUUAUUGGAGUAUGCCUGCCGAUGUACGCCGCCCACUCCAUAGAAAAACCAUGUAACGUGUGGGACUCCAUCGCCGCCAUCGUCUGUACGUGUGGCAUCGUCGUGGCUUACUUCGCCGACACACAGCUCUACGAGUUUGUGGAGAGAAACAAAGCCCUGAAAGUGAAGGAGAAAGAGAAUCUCGAUGAGGGCUUGUGGCGCUACUCCCGACAUCCCAACUACUUUGGGGAGCAGCUAUGGUGGUGGGGUUUAGCCCUUUUUGGAUGGAACGUGGGGCAUGGUUGGACAUUCAUCGGCGCUCUCAUCAAUAGCCUUUGCUUGGCCUAUGUCACAGUGCUUGUGGAGCGCCGCAUGCUUAAACAACCACACAGAGCCGACGCAUACCGACUGUACCAGAAGACCACCUCUGUUUGGAUACCUUGGUUCAAGACAUCCCCUGAACGAGCUCCCAAAGAUAAGGACACCUGAGUGCCUUUUCACCUGUCUUGCUGUUUGUUUGCCCCCUCCUCCUCCUCUCUUGCUUCACCUUCUUUUCUCUAGUUUUAUUCCUUUGGUUCUGGUUCGAUUCCGCGUCACAUUGCCCCUCAGUUACAGUCAUGUACUGGUCUGCAUAUUCAAACUGUUAAAACUGUUGGACUUUCGCAGACAUUAAUUUCAUUUGAACCUAA